UCCAAAAACCCCCUAAAUUCCAUUAGAGGUGGAUUUAUUCCGCAGCAGCUGGCGAGGGAUCUAAGUUGCAGCCGCAGCAUUCUCCAUGGAUUCCGCUCUGCUUGCUCGUCCAUCCCGUUUCCAUCUCCGGCGAGCGCAUGCGGCUGAUCUUCAGCCGUCGGCCUCUCUCAAGAGAGGUACAAUUCUACCAGUUAGCUCUGUUCGCCGGGCAAGAUGGCCACGGCUCGCCGCCACCUCAUCGACUGCGAUCCCCUCAAUGGAAGAAGAGGAGGCAGCUGUGCCGUCGUUGACGUCGUCUCCUUCAGUGGUUGGUACCCUAAUGAGGGUUACAACGGAGUCGCUGCAGUAUGAGAGUGGGUAUCUCGGCGGCAUCUCGGAGAAAACUCCGCCGCUGGCGGGUGACGGAGGCCUAAAUGGAGCGCCCAGCCCGAUGGAGUAUCUCACUAAUAUACUUUCUUCAAAGGCUUACGAUGUUGCUAUCGAGUCUCCUUUGCAGUUGGCUCCCAAGCUAUCGCAGAGGCUGGGAGUCAGUUUAUGGCUCAAGAGGGAGGACUUGCAACCUGUAUUCUCGUUUAAGUUGCGAGGAGCAUAUAAUAUGAUGGCAAAGCUACCUAAAGAGCUGUUGGAUAGGGGCGUCAUUUGCUCAUCUGCUGGAAAUCAUGCCCAAGGAGUUGCACUGGCUGCUCAGAAGCUAGGAUGUGAUGCGGUUAUUGUAAUGCCUGUUACGACUCCAGAAAUUAAGUGGAGAUCAGUUCAACGUUUAGGAGCAACUGUUGUUCUUAAGGGUGAUUCUUAUGAUGAAGCUCAGUUAUAUGCUAAACAAAGAGCAGAGAAUGAGGGUCGGACAUUCAUACCUCCAUUUGAUCAUCCAGACAUCAUAAUGGGACAAGGAACUGUGGGAAUGGAAAUCGUUCGUCAAAUAAAAGGUCCUUUGCAUGCCAUUUUUGUACCUGUUGGAGGUGGUGGACUGAUUGCUGGCAUUGCUACUUAUAUAAAGUGUGUUUGCCCAGAAGUUAAAGUCAUUGGAGUGGAGCCUUUCGAUGCAAAUGCAAUGGCAUUAUCUCUGUAUCAUGGCCAAAGAGUAAUGCUUGAACAAGUGGGAGGCUUUGCUGAUGGUGUGGCUGUCAAAGUAGUUGGAGAAGAAACUUUUCGCUUAUGUAGAGGCCUUGUUGAUGGGGUGGUUCUUGUCAGUCGUGAUGCAAUUUGUGCAUCUAUAAAGGAUAUGUUUGAAGAGAAGAGAAGCAUUCUAGAGCCAGCCGGUGCUCUUUCUUUAGCCGGCGCAGAAGCAUACUGCCGAUAUUAUGGCUUAAAGGGUGAAUCAAUUGUUGCUAUAACAAGUGGGGCAAACAUGAAUUUUGAUCGACUUAGAUUAGUAACUGAACUUGCUGAUGUUGGACGGAAACGAGAAGCUGUUCUUGCAACUUUUCUUCGUGAGGAGGUUGGAAGUUUUAAACAAUUUUGUGAACUGGUUGGUCAGAUAAAUAUUACAGAGUUCAAGUACCGAUACAACUCUAAUAAAGAGGAAGCUCUUGUCCUGUACAGUGUUGGGGUUCACACUGACUCUGAACUUGUAGGCAUGAUGACGCGAAUGGAAGCUGCAAGGCUUAAAACCAUAAAUCUGACCAAAAAUGACUUGGCAAAGGACCACCUACGACAUCUCAUGGGUGGUCGAUCAACUAUAAAAAAUGAGCUUCUCUGCCGUUUUAUCUUCCCUGAAAGGCCAGGUGCUCUCAUGAAGUUUUUGAAUUCCUUCAGUCCACGCUGGAACAUAAGCCUAUUUCAUUACAGAUCCCAGGGUGAGGUUGGAGCAAAUGUGCUUGUGGGCCUUCAAGUCCCUUCUGAAGAUAUGGUUGAAUUCAGUAACCAAGCGAAUAAAUUAGGAUAUGAGUAUACAUAUGAGAUGAACAAUGAAGCCUAUCGGCUUCUGAUGCAGUGAAUUGCAUUAAAAGAUUGAAUCUCCAAGCAUGCUCGGCAAAGAUGUAUACUAGAGGCAAAUCCAACUUUAUCCAAAAAGCUUCCUGUCAAUUUCGUGUUGAAAUCCUCGUGUUGUUGGUCAGUUGUAUCAAUUAAUUCUUAUGUAGCACUAGUAUUUCCUUCUUAUUUGUCCGUUAGCAUGAUCAGUUUAAAAUGUUUAGGAGUCAAAAGCGGCACUAUUUAGUUUAUCUAUGAGAUAUGGUGAACAACUUUGUAAAAGAAUUUUUGCACUAUCCUUUUUAGUUAUACAUUCUGCU